AUGUCAUUCCGUUUUAUUGGUGGUUUUUGGUUUAUUGGAAAACGAAAUAAGCUGAUUUCGAAGAUGUCCGAGACUCCAGGACGCCCUAUGAAGUAUCCUUAUACUUUCUCCGCUAAGAUUGCGCAGUUCCCCUUAAAAUUCUACUUCCAAAACCAAUGGAUAUGGCGUUACUGGCUUGCUGGUGGAAUUGUGCUGUCUCUUCCUGUGAUCUACAAAAUCAAUAAACUAGCUAACUCUCCUGAAAAUGUGGCACUAUGGGCAGAGCGAAGAAGGAAGGAAGCUGAGGCACACCACCAUUAA